AUGGCCCUCUCCAGCAAACUCAAGAAGAAGGAGGAGAAACUGCUCAAGGUUGUCUACAGUGUUGCGCGCAAGUUUGAGCUCCACGUGUUGCGAGAGGCCGAGGAGGGUCAACUCCGAGAUUGUAGGAUGACUUCUUCCUGCUACGACAAAGACGGGAAGAAGCACUCUCAGGACGACUUGGAUAACUACAUCCGUACCGCCUCCCAAGUCUUCAACAUCGUCGUCGCUGAGACCAAGGUGCCACUUUCAGUUCAAGUAACGGCCCGCCCGAUCGGUGGAAACGUCACGGAGCAUGUUCUCAAAGUCGCACAGGAGGCUCUCGAUUUCCUGAAGACCAUGAAGUCACAAGGUGCCGACCCCACGCCCGCCGACGCGGCUCCCACAUCCGCCGAGGAUACCCAAGCUCCCGAUGCCACACCACCCGAUACCACCACCUCGCCCCCCGAUGCCACCACCUCGUCGUCGCCUGAUCCCAACCCCUUCUCGUCACCUAAAGAGACGGUCUAA